GUGCCCUGGGGCCUCGGGGGACCUGGCUGAGCGGGAACGGGGACGCCACCUCACAAGGCCAUUGCCCGAGACCUUCAACGAAGCGGGGCGGACAGCGAGGCGGCACGCGAGGCCCACGCGGCGCGACCACCAAGACCGAGGCGGGAACCGGGCUCGCGGAGGCUGCGGCCGGAAGCGUUCCUGGACCCCUGCCCGGCGGCGAAGACGGACGGCGACUCCGGGACUUACCGCGGGCGCGGGCACGGACGCCGGGCUUCUCACGUCCGCGGCGACUUCUCAGAGCCCCGUGAGCUGCAGGUGAAGAGAUAAUUGCAGCUCCACAGGGAGGUGAAGUCACAGGCACACACCAUUUCUAGUGCUCCAGCUGCCUCCAGCCCAUCCUAUGCUGACUGUGGUGACCUUCGUGCCAGAUGCUUGUCCUGAGAGAGGAGAGAAAGUGAGUCUUCAGGCAUGGAGGCGUCUGGAGUCUGGGUGAGUGAUCAGGUGAGAAAGGGGAUUCGCCUGUAUUUGCAACUGGUCCUGUGCCCCAGCCUCACAGGAAGCAGAAAGGAUUCUGAGAUAUGUAUUGAGCUAGGACAGGGGUGGCGUCCUACAUCCUACACCAGUCCUUGGGGGCUGCAAAUGGAAUUUGGUGUCAUUCAUAGUGACAUCUGUUCUUGGUGUUGAUGAAAACAUUCAUGAAAUUUGGUGUUUAAUAUGCUUAAAGACUGCAGUUCCAAAAGCAAAUCUGCUGUUUGGUGCUGUACAGGAGUCCCUGAUUCCACUUUCAGGAGUACCAGAGAUGCACCUGGAGAGCCCAAUGUGCCAGUGACACAGAGCAGGGCAUAGCCACAGAAACAGUGCAUCCCAGUGGUGAUUCCUGGACUAGAAAGGUUUUCUCUAAUGUUGUCCAAAUUGCUCAAUGGAUGCAGUGAUUGUUUCCUACCAGAAACACCCACAGCUCCUUAAUUAUGGUUUGAUUAUUUUCCAUCUUUAAGUCAGGGAAGUCUAGCUAAGGAAAAGGUAGUGGUAUCAUGUAGCAAUGGGUUUCAGGUGAGAGCAAUCAGGUACAAAUGUGUCCUCUGACAAUUGCUCUGGGUUGCAAAUAUUUUCAUGUCAAUAGCAAGCUCUAUAAUUUCAAGCUACAAGAUAGAAUAUAUUGGAUACUGAGAGACCUAAUAAGCAUACAUGGCUUAUACUUCAAUCUUUCAAAAACCUUGACUUUUUGAAAAAAACUCUGCUUACGUAUUCACUUAAGUAAAUAUGUAAGUAUAUGGCAUGAAAGUAGUCAUGUUGAGUUUCUACCAGAAACUCUUUGGAACUCUGUAAAAAAAUGCUAAGCACUGUAAUUAACACACAAUUAUUCUUAGGUGUUUAAAUUUAACUGAAAAGUGAUCCCUGUUAAAUAUAAGAGUGGGAAUGAGAGAGGGAGAAGAUGUACAAUUUGGAACAUGCUCAAUCGGACUUGCCCCAAAUGGUGGAGUUAGAAAUGUGCCAGGGGAUUCCAAUACAAUCCCAUCAAGGUUGCAUGUACCAAUGCCAUCUCACUAGUCGAAGUGAUCAAUUUCAGUUCACAAUUGAUCAUACUGAUAGGUCUAAGAGUCAAAGGGAUCACACAAAAAAGACUAGUGUCUGCUAAUACUAACUGAUAGAAUAAAAAAGGGAGAGAACGAUCCAACAUGGGAAGCGGGAUACACAGCAGACUCAUAGAAUGGCAGAUGUCCUAAACAGCACUCUGGCCUCAGAAUCAGCCCUUAAGGCAUUCAGAUCUGGCUGAAGAGCCCAUGAGAGUAGUUUAGGCAUGGAAAGCCAAGAUACUCUGACAAAAACAAAACAAAACAAAAAAACACAAACAAACAAAAACCUAAAUGUAAGAUCUCUGCGAGUGAGAUCCCAGUAGAAAGAAUGGGCCAUCAAAAAAGGAGGUACCUUUCUCUGAAGGGAGGAGAGAACUUCCACUUUGACUAUGACCUUGUCUAAAUAAGAUCGAAGUCGGCAAACUCAAAAGGCUUCCAUAGCCUUGGCAACUCAUGACUAGAGCCUAGGGAGAUUACGGACACCAUAAACAAGAGUGUCAAAUUGUUAAGGCAACAACAGGAGUCACUGUGUACUUACUCCUCAUCUAGGAUCUCUGUCCUUAAUGUGUUGUCCAAUGUGAAUUAAUGCUAUAACUAGUACUGAAACAGUAUUUUACACUUUAUGUUCUGUGUGGGUGCAAACUGAUGAAAUCUUUACUUAAUAUAUACUAAAUUGAUCUUCUGUAUAUAUAGAUAAUUGAAAGUGAAUCUUGAUGUGAAUGGAAUGGGAGAGAGAACAGGAGAUGGGAGGAUUGCAGGUGGGAGGGAAGUUAUGGGGGGAAAAGCCAUUAUAAUCCAUAAACUGUACUUUGGAAAAUUAUAUUUACUAAAUAAAAGUUAAAGAAAUGUUAAGGCAACGUGGUUUGUAGGUAUAAUUCUUUUUUGAUUUUAAAUAUUUAUUUAUUUAUUUGAAAAUCAGAGUCACACAGAGAGAGAAGGAGAGGGAGAGAGGAGCAAGGAGAGAGGAGUGAGACAGAGAGAGAGAGUGUCUUCCAUUCACUCUCCAACUGGCUGCAAUGGCUGGAGCUGAGCCUAUCCAAAACCAGGAGCCAGGAGUUUCUUCCAGGUCUCUCGUGUGCAUGCAGGAGUCCAAGCACUUGGGCCAUCCUCCACUGCUUUCCCAGGCCAUAGCAGAGAGCCAGAUCAUAAGUGCAGCAACCGGGACUUGAACCAGCAUCCAUAUGGGGUGCCAGCACUGCAGGCAGUGGCUUUAUCAGCUAUGCCACAGCAUUGGCCCCUCUAGGUACAAUUCUAAGAAUGUAAUAUUAAAAAAAAGAGAGAAUGUAAUACUAUUUGGGGCCGGCACUGUGGCACAGCAUGUUAAUGCCCUGGCCUGAAGCACCAGCAUCCCAUAUGAGUGCCCUUUCAAGACCAGGCUCCUCCACUUCUGAUCCAGCUCUCUGCUAUGCCCUGGGAAAGCAGUAGGAUGGCCCCAAGUCCUUGGGCCCCUGCAUCCAUUCCCACGUGGGAGACCUGGGAUAAGCUCCUGGCUCCUGGCUUUGGAUCAGUACAGCUCCGGCCGUUGUGGCCAGUUGGGGAGUUAAUCAGUCCAAGUGAUCAGUUUCAGUUCACAAUUGAUCAUAAUGAAAGUAUUAAAGUCAAAGAGAUCACAUAAACAAGACUAGUGUCUGCUAAUACUAACUGAUAGAAUAAAAAAGGGAGAGAACGAUCCAACAUGGGAAGCGGGAUACACAGCAGACUCAUAGAAUGGCAGAUGUCCUAAACAGCACUCUGGCGUCAGAAUCAGCCCUUAAGGCAUUCAGAUCUGGCUGAAGAGUGAGUGAGAUCCCAGUAGAAAGAAUGGGCCAUCAAAGAAGGAGGUACCUUUCUCUGAAGGGAGGAGAGAAUUUCCACUUUGACUAUGACCUUGUCUAAAUAAGAUCGAAGUCGGCAAACUCAAAAGGCUUCCAUAGCCUUGGCAACUCAUGACUAGAGACUCUCUCUCUGCCUCUCCUCUCUCUGCGUAACUCUGACUUUCAAAUAAAUAAAUAAAUAAAUCUUAAGAAAAGAAUGUAAUGCUGUUCCCUUCUUCUCUCCCUCUUUCCCUCUUGCCCACCCACCCUCCUCUCCUCCCUUUCUUGUUUUUCAUUUUUGAGAUAGUAUAUUUUAAAUUUACAUUAGAGUAAAAAAGGUGUAAUAUUUCACUGAGUAAGAAGUUCAACAAGUGAAAAGCAAAAAGACCCUAAUUUAGUGGGAAUAUACACAAAAGCUAAAAAAUAAUUGAAUGGAAAAAUGACUAUUUCACCCAUAUACACUGAAUUCCAAAGUAAUCAUAGAUCAUUAUACCUGUAGUGGUAUAACAUUCUUAGCCGUUGGUUGGACAGUGGUAUAAAAAAGUUUUACAAAACUGUGUUUGCAGCAAUACUGAUACAGACAUUCAUUUUUUCUUUUUUUUGUUUGCUUUGUAAAUUUUAGCUCCCACAUAUAAGGAAAAUAUGCAGUAUUUGUCUUUGUGAGUCUGGCAUAUUUCACUCAAUAUGAGGUUCUCCUUUUGCUUCCAUUUGCUGUGAAUGGUGGAAUUUCAUUCUUUUUUGCAGCUGCAUAAUAUGCCAUUGUGUAUAUAUUCCACAUUUUCUUUGUCCAUUCAUCUGAUGAUGGUCACCUUGGUUGAAUACAAACUUUUGGCUAUUGUGAACCGUUAAGGAGAAAUUUCUAAGUGAACUCUGAUAAGUAGAGCAUAUUGUGAAUAGAGACUGUAGAAUUUGGUUGAUAUUAAUACAUGUAGCUCUUUCCUCAUUUCCCACACAGGAAUCUCAGGCUCAGAGGCAAUAACUGGGUACUGGGAACUGAUGGGAUGGUCGCCAGAGACUGGACAAUGGGGAUGAUCUUCUUAUCACAGACCAUUCUAGGAACCCUGGGGAAUUUCUCUCUUCUUUCCCAUGAUCUCUAUCUCCACUUCACAGGAUGCAAGUUUAGGCCCACAGAUUUGAUCAUCAAACACCUGACUGUAGCCAACUGCUUAGUCAUUCUCUCUAGAGGAGUUCCCCAAACCAUGGCAGCUUUGGGGAUGAAGCAUUUCCUCAGUGAUGCUGGGUGCAAACUUGUGUUCUAUGUGCACAGUGUGGGAAGGGAUGUGUCCAUUGGCAGUACGUGUCUUUUGAGUAUCUCCCAGGCCAUGACCAUCAGUCCCACCCACUCCAGGUGGAUGGAUCUUAAAGUAAAAGCUCUCAAAUGCAUUGGUCCCUCUAGUAUCCUCUGCUGGAUCCUGAACCUGACUAUAGAUAUCAUAGUACCAGUGCAUAUGACUGGAAAAAGGAGUGACAAAAACAUCACAAAGAAAACUGACUUUGGAGACUGUUAUCUUGUGAGUCAUGGCAAAUACAUAGAUUCCCUGAAUGCAGUCCUGCUAUUAUUCCGAGAUGUUUUCUUCGUGGGGCUCAUGUUCUGGGCCAGCAGCUUCAUGGUUUUCAUCCUGUACAGGCACAAGCAGCAGGUCCAGUACAUCCAUAGGACCAACAUCUCCUGCAGGUCCUCCCCAGAGUCCAGAGCCAUCCACAGUAUCCUCAUGCUGGUGAGCACCUUUGUGUCUUUGUGCACUCUCUCUUCAAUACUUCACUUUUUCAUAGCUGUAUUAGACAACCACAGUGUGUGGCUGGUGAACACCUCUGCACUAAUUGCUGGGAGUUUCCUAACUGUGAGCCCCUGCAUUCUCAUGAGCUACUACUCCAGAGUACCUAGGCCUGUUGUGCACACACAAGGAUGACAUAAUCCCCCACUUCGCCUGAAUGUGCAAAUUACAUGCAUAUUCAAGAUGGCUCAUCCUUGAUAAUUAAUUAAGUUGUUAUCUGAGAGGCAGAGAGACAGAAACUCACCAUCCUCUGAUUCACUCCCAAAUUUUUCUGUAAACCCAGAUCAGAGGCCAAAGCUGUGAUCUAGGAACUUAGUUAAGGUCUAUUAUGUGGGUGGCAGGAACCCAAUUACAUAUGUCUCCAAAGUCUGCACUAGCAGGAAGCUUGGCCUGAGAGCAGAGCUUGGUGUGAACCCUGUAACUCCAAUAGUGUAUGUGGCAAUUUUUUUCAGAUUAAAAUAUUUAAUUGACAGAGUUACAAAGAGAGAGGGAGGGAGAGACAGAGAAGGAGAGAGAGAGAGAGAGAGAGAGAGAGAUCGAUCUUCAAACUGCUGGUUCACUCCCCAAGUGGCUGCACCAGCCAGGGCUGGGCCAGUCUCAAGCUAGGAACCAGGAGCUUCAUCUGGGUCUCCCAUGUGGAUGCAGGGGCCCAAGCACUUGUGCCACCUUCUGCUGCUUUCCCGGGCACAUAGCAGGGAGCUGGAUCAGAUGUGGAGCAGCCAGGACUUAUACCAGUGCCCAAAUGUGAUGCUGGUGUUGCAGGUGGCACGUUAACCCACACCUAAAUACAAAGCACAGCUCAAACCCCUUUUUCCCAGAAACACCUACUACCUUAUGUAGGCUGAUCACAGGCAUAGAAAAUGGGGCAGAUUCAGGAAGACUCCUAGAAAGGUCUUUGGAUGGAGAACCUCCUGGUCAGUGGCCAUCUGUUGCCCUGACCAUAUCUGGUCCAGACCUCCGGCCUGCUCCCAGAACCUGGCUUGCAGGAGCCCUGCUAGAGUCAACUGCCUGAGUAUCAGUUGUGUCUGAGACUCAUCUUUCACACAGAUCUCACAGAGGGAAGGAUGUUGCUUUGGGGAAGCUGCUUAACUUGGACCGCCUGAAACCCAUACAAAACACCAAGUUUAUUGUUCUAUCAGGGAGACUAACAUGGGAUAGAUACAUUUUUUGUUUUAAGCCUUUUAUUUUUUAAUAUGUACAUUCAUCUUUAUUUAAUACAACACAUGACACAUACAAAAAGAAAAACCACUCAUGUAAAAGGCCCUGUCACCAAGGACAGACAGGAAACAGCCACACUGAAUCAAACAAGGCUCUUGUGUUUUAAGCCUUCUAUUUUUAUCUAUUUUGAUAACAUUCAACUCAACACACUAUGAAACAUCUGACUUUACUAAGAGUAACUUUUAAGGUCAAUGCAAAGUAUAUAUAUUUGGUGGUAUCCUAUCAACAAUGGGUGGCUUAGGAAACAAUAUGUUCUGGAUAAUUUUCAAACAGAAAGAGAGUAGAAAUGCUUAGAAUGUUCUCACCAUACAUAAAGGAGAAGUGUUUAAGAAGAUACAUGUUUACCUUGUUUUAAAUAUCACACAUAUAUUAAACCAUGUAUGAGAACAUUUCAUGUACUCCAUACAUAUGUACAAGAUGCAUUUUUCAAUUAAAGUAAAAAUUCUCCAAA